AUGUCCCAUCCUUUACCCGUCCUCCUCGAUCUUGGUAAUGCCUACCACACAACAAUGGCAAGAAUUGGCGGCGCGCAUAGGAUGGAUCCUGGAUUGGAGGAUACUAUGAUGGUGCAAGACCUGGUAGCCAGUCAGGAUUGCGUCUUUUCGACAUGCCUCCAUACGACGUCUGGAACGAUCUCCGUGAUAUUUUCCCCUCGCUGCUACUUACCCACCUAUCCACCUACCUGUGACACUGGCCUCAUUCUCACCAACGCCGACGAUACCGACCACAUAGUAGCCUUUCAAGACCAAACGCGAGCUCAAGAAUCCCUUUUACUCCGUUCUGACUAUCUGAAAAGGAUCCAUGGCGCAUUUCUGGUUCCUGAACGCGCAUAUAUGCACGUUGGAAUACUCAAAGGCGGGAAGGGUACGUUCCGGGCUAUUGUUUCUGUGUUCAGUGCUUCACGGCCGCCGACAUCUCUGACUCCGAUCUUCUUUCCGUCACAGAUUGGUCUCGUGCGGAACCCAGCGCCAAUUUCAUUGAUGCCGAUAAAUACAAGAUACGAUGCUAGUAUCGCUGUCAAUGACGGCCACAUCGCAAAAGGGACGCGUCAUGGAAUUCUCGGUACUCUGGCGGGCGCGUCUGACGAGCGACCCCAUGCCGAAUCUGUUCCACUGAAGGAUGGUAUUUUUCGCCAGCUCACUCCAAACACUGGUGAAGGGUCCUCCGAUCCAUCAUUCUUCCAAGUUAGCGCCAGAAGUUGCUUUCAGCGUUCCGCCAGUGGCGUCUGUGACGAUUAA